AUGGCUACCGAAGGUCUUUCGUGUAGGCAGGUCAUUUCCCGAGUCGAACCUUCUGCGGAAGUUGAGAAGCGGGAGUCUUCGGCGGCAUCCACAUCGACGACGGCGGAAGAACGACUUCGAGAGACGAUCAUAUCACAGGCUCGAAUCCUGGCGCAGUACAAAAGCGGUUUCGCCGAGAAAGAUCGAAUGAUCCAGUGGUUGCAGGCAGACAACUUUCGGCUGCCACUCGCUCGAUCACCGGACUGCGGCCGGACGUCAGACUUCGCUGGUCGCCCAAAGGGCCACGGCAGAGGUUUGAAGAAACUCACUAAUGCCAAACUUUCACCAUUUGACAGAGCAAAGAGACAGCUGGCUGUGAUCAGAGUUUUGAAUCGUCUUAAUCUGCUGAGAGCAUGUCUGAAGAACACGUUUGCAAAGCUCUGUGCGUUGGUCCGAAGUCUAGAAAGAAAAAUUAUUCAAAGAACCGAAUCAACGUCCACCAAUGGCACCGGCAGCACCUCUAGUGCUUCUGAAAAAACCAGUGAUUGCGACGUUUCAAGAUCCACACUCCCCAGAAAAGGGUCAACGCAUCGCAAAGAGACAUCUUCGAGGAAGAAACGGCUAGCGAGAGAGAAUUUGCUCAGUAAUGGAUGUCCGAAGAAACAGCGGCUGCCCGCAAAGGAGUCAUCGCCUAAGACCCCGUCGUCGGAGCAAGUAGUCGUUAUUGUAGAGAACGGUAGUGAAAACGAGCGCGUUAAAAACGCUGAAAUUUUAACACCGGGUUGGCGCAUCUGCCCACAGAAACCACUAUGGUCGAUCGAUGGGACCGAAGAUAUUACUGAUAACGCGUACAAACUUCUCCACCAUAAGUACGAACUCGAAGAACGGCGGAUCAUCAAACGAGAUCAAUUGCGCCAAAAGGCUCUGAUGCGCCAGAAAAAGGAAGAAGAGAGGAACAAGCCUCCCUCAAAAUCUGUUGCUUCUGUUCCUGCCAUCAGAGACAUCAAGUACAUCGAAAUCGUUCCAUCGCUGCCGUCGAACAUGCGUUACGUGGUGCAGAAUCCGGUGCAGUUUGGCGACAAAAGUUGA